UGGAAAUUUCGGCAUAUUGUCGCAAGUGUGCAUUGCUCAAAAUGUAUUUUCAAUCAAUUUUGAGUUUGUGUCUAUCAUCGUGCAAAUUAUCGAUAGUCUGAAUUAUCGAUAAUUUGUCACAACUAAGAUGUGUUUGCGGUACCGUAUAAUUUGUACGGAAAUAAUAUUUCUCCGUGUUUAACAGGUUCAACAUAUGUCGACAUAUAUCAAAAUUGCAUCCGUUUUAGAAACAUGUCUUCAAAUUAUUUAAAUACUUCGGAUAGCGGUUCCACAGAUUUAAAUCUUAAUGCUGCCGAAAAAUUAGAAAAGCACUGCUUUGCAAGGUUUGAUGACAUAGAAAAAUCGCCUCAAGAUGUGCGAGAAUACCGUGGGCUUCAUUUACAAAAUGGAAUGAAAGUACUUUUAAUAAGUGACAUCAACACAGAUUUAUCUGCAGCUGCAUUAAGUGUACAAGUGGGGCAUAUGUCGGAUCCUGAUUAUCUACCAGGAUUAGCUCACUUUUGUGAGCAUAUGCUUUUCCUCGGCACUGAGAAGUAUCCUGAUGAAAACGGUUAUACGACAUAUCUGUCUCAAAAUGGUGGAAGUAGUAAUGCGGCCACAUAUUCGUUAAUGACGAAAUAUCAUUUUAAUGUUGCCCCAGAUAAGUUGGAUGGUGCUUUAGAUCGGUUUGCACAAUUUUUUAUAGCACCACUUUUUACGUCAAGCGCUACUGAUCGUGAAAUUAAUGCGGUUAAUUCCGAGUACGAAAAAAAUUUAUCCAGCGAUCUUUGGCGUGUUAAACAAGUACACCAUCACUUAGCGAAACGCAGUCACCCGUAUAGCAAGUUUGGAAGUGGCAACAAAUCAACGUUAUGUGACAUUCCAAAAUCAAAAAAUAUUAAUGUACGUGAUGAACUUUUGAGUUUUCAUAAAAAAUGGUAUUCUGCUAAUAUUAUGUACUUGUCCGUUAUUGGAAAAGAAUCCUUAAAUGAAUUGGAAGAAAUGGUUGUAGGAAAAUUUUUGGAGAUUGAAAAUAAAAACGUUGUUUUACCAGAUUGGUCACGGCACCCAUACGACGAUGAGAAAUACGGUCUCAAAGUUAUGAUAUUGCCCAUUAAAGAUGUACGCUCAUUAACCAUAAGUUUUACAACAGAUGACUUAACUAAAUUUUAUAAAUCAGCGCCGGAUAGUUAUUUAACUCACUUAAUUGGUCAUGAAGGAAAAGGAAGUUUAUUAGCAGAAUUACGUAAAUUGGGUUGGUGUAAUGACUUACUUGCCGGAUGUCAAAAUAUAUUGAAUGCUUUUGGAUUUUUUGAUAUUGUUGUAAACUUGACCCAGGAGGGUAUGAAUCAUAUAGACGAUGUUAUUAACAUCAUUUUUCAGUAUAUACAAUUAUUGCGACAAGAGGAACCAAAAAAAUGGAUUUUUGAUGAGUGCUGUAAUAUUAAUGAAAUGCGAUUUCGUUUCAAAGAUAAAGAACAACCUGAUACUUUAGUUCAAAAUGCAGUAACAGCAAUGCAGAUUUAUCCAUUAGAACAAGUACUAUCCGCUCCAUAUUUGACAAAAGAAUGGAGACCAGACUUGAUAAUUGAUCUAUUAACGGAAUUAGUGCCUUCCAAAUGCCGCAUUAUAUUAGUUUCACAAAGCUUUCAAGAAGUUACUACUGAGACAGAACCUUAUUUUAAAACGAAUUAUGGAACAGAGAAAAUUAAUGCUGAAACAAUAAAAGAAUGGGAAAACUGUUUGUUAAACAAAAAUUUGGCUUUGCCUCUUCCAAAUGCUUUUAUUCCAGACAACUUUGAGAUUGUGCCUCUAGAUACAGACUUUUGUAAGCAUCCUAUAAUUAUACUGGAUACACCUAUUUUACGAGUUUGGCACAAACAAGAUGAUCAAUAUCUUAAACCAAAGGCAUGUAUGGCAUUUGAUUUUUCUAACCCGAUAGCAUACGUGGAUCCCUUAAACUGUAACUUGAAUCAGUUAAUGGUAGAGCUUUUAAAAGACCAAUUAAGUGAAUACUUAUACGAUGCAGUAUUAGCAGGCUUAAAGCUGCAGCUUACACCUAAGUCUACAGGCAUUGAAUUUGCUAUAAGUGGUUAUAACGACAAACAAGUUGUAUUGCUCGAAAAGUUACUUGAUCAUUUAUUUGACUUUGAUGUCAAUGAAAAACGUUUCGAAAUUAUUAAAGAGGAAUAUACCCGAACUUUGAAAAACUUCAAAGCUGAGCAGCCGUUUCAACACUCCAUUUAUUAUUUGGCUUUAAUUUUAACAGAAAAUGCUUGGUCGAAUAAUGAGCUCUUGGAUGCUUUGGAAUUGGUAACGCAUGAACGUGUUCUAAAUUAUGCUAAGAAAUUUUUUGAUCGUUUACAUACAGAAUGUUUUAUAUAUGGCAAUGUAACCAAACAACAUGCGUCAAAUAUAUCUGUAAUUGUAAACAAGAAAUUGGAGAGCACAAAUUCCAAACUUCUGCCCUUAUUAGCACGUCAGAUGCUUAAAAAACGUGAAUACAAAUUGUUUAAUGGUGACAGUUAUUUAUUUGAAAAUGAUCAUAAAUAUCACAAAUGUUCGUGUGUUCAACUAUAUUUUCAAUGUGGGGCACAAAGUGACAAGAUGAAUAUUAUGGUUAACUUAGUAUCACAAAUAUUAACAGAGCCAUGCUAUGAUUGCUUGCGAACUAAGGAGCAACUUGGUUACAUAGUUUUGAGUAGUAAUCGAAAAGUAAACGGAGCAGUUGGAUUAAGAAUUAUAGUGCAAUCAACGAAACAUCCAUCUUUCGUCGAAGAUCGGAUAGAGAACUUUUUGGAAAAUUUUUUGAAAUCAAUUGAAAAUAUGUCUAUAGAAGAAUUUGAACGUCAUAAAGAUGCUUUAGCCGUAAAAAAAUUAGAAAAACCGAAAACCAUAUUUCAGCAGUAUAAAAAAUUUUUGAAUGAAAUAGCCUUAGCACAAUAUCACUUUGAGCGGAAUGAAGCAGAAGUCAUAAUAUUGCGUAAAAUAGGUAGAGAAGAAUUCGUACAAUUUUUUAAGAACUGCAUUUCUCGGAAUGGCAUGGAAAGGCGAGUACUUUCUGUACAUAUAAUCUCGCAGCAAUUUGGAGUAGACAUUGAAACUGCUGAAGAUAAACUUAUUACGAAUAUGGAUCAUCAUACUAAAAUAACCGAUCUUGCGCAAUUUAAGUCUAGCAAAGAACUUUAUUCGAUUGCUUUGCCGUAUUUGGAUAUUAAGGCAAAAGGUGCACGUAGUAAAUUGUAAUUCAUCACAAACAUGAUAAAUAUCUGAUUUACAUAUUUGUUUGAAUCAUUUGUAUAUUUUAAAAAUUAAUUUAAAUAAACUUUUAUUGAUUUUUAAUUAUAAAUAUAAAGUGAUCUG